ACAGCAAAAAUGGGGGCUAUCUCUCCAGCCCUCACUCUGAAGCUACACAGCUCAGUCUGCCCACACCUCUGUAUGCCUCUGACACUUCCCCAGUCACCAUCCCUUCGCUGGAGCCCAAGGAAGGAUGCCGUCGCUAUGGUUGGUAUCGCUAAUAUGGAUGCCAGCGUGAUUGCUCAUGAAGAGUAUCCAAUCAAUACCAUCAUCAUCCACGAAGACUUUGAUAACGAAACAAUGACGAAUAACAUAGCCCUCCUGAAGACAGACACGGCGAUGCAGUUCAACAACCUGGUCCGGUCCAUCUGCUUCCUUGACAGAGAGCUGCAUAUGCCACCAGCCUUGCGGAACUGCUGGGUGGCAGGAUGGAAUCCCACGUCUGCAACAGGAAAUCACAUGACAAUGAGUAUCCUGAGGAAAAUCUCCGUGACAGACACCGAUCUGUGUCCCUUACAUGAUUUCCAGAAAACAGGAUGUGGCAAUCACAGAGAGGAGGAAACUGAUGCCGUCUGCUUGGGGGACCCAGGAAACCCAAUGAUGUGCCAGCUGCAGCAACUGAAUCUGUGGGUGCUGAGAGGAAUCCUGUCGCAAGGCGGUGAGAAAUGCCCUGGCCUGUUUCUGUACAUCAAGGUGGAAGACUACAGUGCCUGGAUCAUGUCCAAGACUCGGACCACCGGCCUUCCCCUGUCUUCCUUCCACCACUGGCUGAAUUCGGUUCCUUUCUCCAGCUACUCGUCAUAUGUCGCUGUGACAAUGAAGAAAUAUUCUAGGCGGGGUCAGGUUGCAUGGCCCCAACUACACUUCCAAGGACAAAGAGGGGCCACCAUACCUUCAUGGCCAACAAGAAGCUCCAGAGAGAGUCUAGACUUCAGUGUAAAGAGUGGAAGGGGCUCAGGCAGGUCUCCUGAGCUGGCCGUACAGCCCGUGUACUAUGACUAUUAUGGUGGGGAGGCUGGGUCUAUUUCAGGUCAGAACGGGUUACAUCAGCCCCAAGAAAUGGUCUUGUUUUUUCUGUGCUUGUUUCUUUGCAGUGGCAUAUAGUCUAGGAGCUAAGCCUCCAAACUGAAG